CCUGAAGAUGGAGGUUUGCUCUCCUGCGGGGAUCAUGAACUGCAGGGUGGGGUGCUGUAAGCACUGGUCCUCUGAGGAGAGGUUGGAUGGGAGAACCGUCAUCAUCACAGGAGCCAACACUGGGAUUGGUAAAGAAACAGCCAGGGACCUGGCGAGGAGAGGUGCUCGCAUCAUCAUGGCGUGCAGAGACCUGGAGCGGGCAGAGGAGGCCCGGGAUGACAUCCUGGAGGACACAGGAAAUGAGAAUGUGGUCAUCAGGAAACUGGAUCUAUCUGACACCAAGUCCAUUAGGGCCUUUGCUGACCUCAUAAACAGAGAGGAGAAACAGGUGAAUAUCCUGAUAAACAACGCAGGGAUCAUGAUGUGCCCCCACUCUAAGACACUUGAUGGGUUUGAAAUGCAGCUAGGAGUCAACCAUUUGGGUUCGGGGGUGAGUGUUUUUUCCCUGCACCCUGGGGUGGUACAGUCCGACCUGUGGAGGCACCAGCAUCAGUGCAUCCAGGUAGCGGUGAAGAUUUUCAGAAUCUUUACAAAGACCACAGUGGAGGGAGCUCAGACCACCAUCUUCUGUGCUGUGGAGCCUGGUCUGGAGACGAUGAGUGGGGGCUACUUCAGCGACUGUGCUCCGGCGAGGUGCUCCAGGUCGGCUGCAGAUCAUGACUUGGCCCAGAAGCUGUGGGAGGUCAGCUGCAACAUGCUUGGCAUCAGCUGGCAGUGA